CCUCCUCUUUUGCCCCUCACUCAAGACGCGCACUUUAGAACGACGCAACUUCGACUAAAGUUAUCCGAAGUCAUUUUUCGUGCAAUUUGCUCUUUCUGAUGGUGUGGCACUUUCUAUUGCUAACUGACGCAAGUGCCAGAAAAGAAGAAGAAGAAGAAGAAAAAGCCGACGUCCAAAACCUUUUCUGGCUUUUUCAGGGCUUUGGAAGUCAGUUUAAUUCUGAAGGGAGCUGCCAGUACACCUGCUUUCAGAGGAGACAAGGAAAUCAAGGGAGUUGAGAGGAAGAAGAGCCAGGAAGAGGACAUCUAGAGUUGCCACCGCUCUCCUACUCUGCAGAGAUGUAUGCGGAAAAAAUUGUAAAAGAGGGGAAGAUGGGGAACAGGGGGAUCUCUCUCACUUGUGUGUUGACCCCUUGCCGCCUGAUGGGGGUGUGUGUGAUGCUGAUGACCUUGGGAGCCAUUGGAUCAGCAAUCUGGGUCAUAGUCACGUACUGCUCUGUGGAGGAAGACACAGGAUACUAUGAUGUCCAAGUCAAUUCAGCUGACCAACAUCUGAGAGUGUUGGACUCGACUCAGAAGAGGUGGCGUCAGGUGUGUUCGUCCUCGGCCAAUGAGCUUCUGGCUCGCGUCAGCUGUGCCGAAGUGGGCUUUGUCAGCGUGGUCAAUUACUCCAUUACGUCUGUACAAGAUGGCAGCGACGGCGGCUUCUUCUGCGUCCGACCCGAAGAGCUACGCUACGGCAAGAAAAUUAAAGACUCUUUGUUCCCAUGUGACUGCGAGAGCAAGGAGGUGGUCACGUUGCUGUGCCAAGACUGCGGAAGGCGUAGUUUUGCAGCAGAUCGCAUCGUCGGCGGCGUGGAGGCGCGCCAGGGCAUGUGGCCGUGGCAGGUCAGCUUGCAGUACGAUGGAGUUCAUCAGUGCGGAGGUUCAAUCAUCUCGGACCGCUGGAUUGUCACCGCGGCUCAUUGCUUCCCCAAGCGCAAUGGCUUUAUUAGUCAUUGGCGCGUAUUGAUGGGCUCCAUCUACAACAAAGCAGCCAAUGCCAACGUGGCCGAAGUGAGAACCAUCGUUUACCACGGCAACUACCUGCCCUUUGUGGUCAAUAACAUUGACGAUUACAGCAGCGACAUUGCUGUGCUUGCCCUCGCUAAGCCCAUCACCUUCAAUGAAUACAUCCAACCCAUUUGCCUGCCGGUGUACGGCCAAAGAAUGAGGGAUGGACAGAUGGGCACAGUCAUAGGCUGGGGGAGCUUAGGAGACUCUGGUCAUCAAACGGAGGUUCUGCACGAGGUCAACGUGCCCGUCAUCAGCGACGCCAUGUGCAAUGCGCCUGAUUACUACUACAAUCAGAUCACUGGCAGUAUGUUCUGCGCUGGCUUUGAGAAGGGAGGUGCCGAUGCCUGCCAGGGAGAUAGCGGCGGGCCCUUUAUGGCCGAGGACCGCUUGUCCAAAUGCAGCCGAUACCGUUUGCUGGGGGUGGUGAGCUGGGGAAUCGGAUGCGCCACGGCCAAGAAGCCCGGCGUCUACACCACCGUCUCCCGAUUCCUGCCCUGGUUAUCUAGCGCCAUGAGGAACUAUAACAACUCACCGGGGAUUCAUAAAAUGGCACGGACAUGAUGUUGCUACGCUUAUGCUUACUGCUUCUCCCACUACAGAGUCAAUAGGAAUGUUUUGGAAGUUCUCAUCUUUUCAGUUCCUGUUGUUGUUGGUUUUUUUGCUCCUUAUGUUCCUUAUUUCUGCGUUCUAAAUUUGUUUCGUACAAAAGUCAAAGGCAGGCUGACAAGCUGGUGUCCUCUGCUGCCACAUUCGCACUUUUAUCAGACACUACAGUAGCUUAGUAAAAUAAUCCUGAAAAAAGACAAAUGCACCCUUCGUGAUAGACAAAGCCAGGCUCACGUUCACUCUAAAAAAUGAAGCAUCUACAAAUGCGCUUCUAUUCUCUGGUUAGCACCAAAUGGGUUACAUUUCUCAAAAACCCCAUGGUGCCAUAUUCAUGCAUGAUAUAUAGGAUUAGUCAUGAGAAAGCCUGAAGAAGAAGGAAAAGAAUGGUGGUGUGCAAUGGUGCUACGUAGAGCCAGGGGUGCUCUAUCCAACCAGGAGUGCAAUAUGAAACUCAGAAGCACCUUUAUUUUUUAGAGUGUUAUUGGACUUUUUUUUUUUUUUUUGCGGCAGCAAGUAAAGGUAAUUUUAACAAGUUGCUCCAAAGGCAAUGAUGUUCUUACCACCUCCUUCCUUAACUAUGUCUGAAGAUUGAGGUUAAAGUGCUCAUCUUGAAACCCGUAUUGUGCGCGUUUGUAAAUAAUGCUUGAUGUUUUGUUUAUGUAGCAUGUUUUACCAAUAAAAUGACCAUUGCGUCAUGAAUUAUGUUCUCAAAUAUAUUUAGUCAAAGUAUGUGCUGUAAUGACGACACAAGUAUUUUAGAGGUGAGAAGAAUAUUGGAGGUCAUUUAUCCACAUUGUUCCCCCCCACGUUCUUUUCGGAAUAUCCAGUGAUGUAGCUGUAAGAAAAAAGUACCCCCGCCCCCUUUUAGAAAGAAACCCAAUGUAAAAGAUCCUUGCAGAAAUAUUUGCAAUACAAAAAUAUGAUUAUUGUUACCGGCACUGUAUUAUGAAAUGUAUUGAUUUGAAUGUCAUCAAAAUAAAUACUCCACCUUAAUUGAAAGGACUUGUAA